AUGUCCCAACUCUCAGCCUUUAUUUUGAACAAGCCGACUCAAGCUAGCAGCUCCAACAAUCAGGAAUCGGCUUCUCAGCCAAAUCUAUCCCAAUCUGCUCGGCCAGAGAGGGCCAUUGAAACAUCACAGCCAUGGCCGCCAAUAGUGACACUCCAACCAGGUACAACAUCAAGUCAGCCGGUUCAUACGCUACUCACCUGGGCAGAAAGCUAUCCUCAGCCUACGUUGGCAGGUUCUAAUCAGCCACCAGUAGUAGGUUCGCAGCCACAGGUAAUUCUACCAAACCCUCCUCGGAUGCCUUUGAACUCGGGGGGCAAUCAGAUCAGGUGGAGGCCACCGAACCCACUGUAUACUCAUGUGCCGCCACAGGUAGGGCUCGGGGGGCAGAAUAUGGCUAAUCAGCCACAUGAUUGGCCGAUUUGCUAUCAACCAGCGGCUAAUCAGCCGCCAAUUUUUAAUCAGGUACCACCAAUAUUCAAUCAGCAACCUCAAGUCAUGUUAGAUAGAAGACAAUUAGCUGAUUUACUCACAGAAGAAUAUGGCCUGGAACUUAGAGGUGCCGGCCGACCAAUUUAUAGAACUCCUUAUCCAGAAGUGGUAGACCAAGUUGAGUUCCCUAGAGGAUAUAAAGUCCCUGACUUUGUAACCUUUAGUGGAGAGGGGAAUCAAUCGACCGUGGAACACAUUGGCCGAUUCACGGUUCAAUGUGGAGAGGCCAGUGUUAGCCCGUGGUUGAAAUUGAGACUUUUUCCUAACUCUUUGACAGGGGCAGCUUUUUCAUGGUAUAUUCGUCUACAUCCUAACUCUGUUUCUAAUUGGCCACAGAUGGAGGAAUUAUUCCACAAUCAGUUCUACCGUACGGAGACAGAACCUACUCUGGCUGAUUUAUCCAGGCUAAGUCAAUUGCCUAGUGAAUCGGUCGAGACAUUUAUUGCAAGAUUUAGGAGAGCAAGAUUAAGAUGUCGUGUACCUCUUCCAGAACAGGAGUACAUUCGUUUGGCUUUGAACGGCCUUGAUUUUGAACUUCGGAAGAGGUUUGAAGGAGUUCCAUUUCGUGACAUGUAUGACCUGGCCGAGAAAGCUACCAGGUAUGAGUUGGUUCUUAAAGAGGAGAAAGAACGAAAAAAUUCCUCUAAAGGUACGUACUAUAGGGACCCCAACUAUGAAGUUUAUUCAACUGAUGUGGUUGAAGAGGAAGAUUUUGAAGCUAAUUUAGCCGAAGUCAUUCUAAAGAAACCUUAUGUAUGUGACGCUUUAACAAAACCAAAUGUAUCCACCAGUGGUACUCAGCCAUCGACUUCAUCGGCCAGGAAGGGUACGGCUGAUACUGGUAAGGUUUAUACGUUUGAUCUGGCCAAAACAGAACAAAUUUUUGAUCAUUUGUUGGCCGACAAACAAAUCGUUUUGCCAAAAGGACACAAUAUACCAUCGACCAAUGAUUUAAAAGGAAGAGAGUUCUGCAAAUUUCAUAAUUCAUGGAAUCAUACUACUAACAAUUGUUAUGUAUUUAGAAAUGUAUUGCAGAAAUCUAUCGAUGAAGGUGUAUUGAAAUUCCCUGAAAAGAAGCCAGAUGUAAUGGGGGUCGAUGGCGAUCCAUUUCCUAAUAUUGUCAGUACCAAUGUAAUCAGCCUGGCAACUGAAAAAGCCGCUGAUAAUGGUAGACAGGAAAGAUUACCAAAAGUUCUUGGUAGUUCAUCGGCCAGUAAUGAUGAGCAGAAAGUUAAGGACUUGGAAAUUCAGUUAAGAGAAGCUCAAAUUGCCCUCAUCAACCAUGGUUGUUGUCCAAAUUGCAAAGGCCGAAGGAAUGACUCAGACAAGAGGGGCUAUUUCCAAUCAACCAGAAAGCGCAGUGUCCAUGAAAGGUUAGGCCAUCAGCCUAGACAGAAUCACGAAGAAAUCAAUCGAUCAAUAUUUAGAGAAAAUGGGCCAAGGGCAGUAAGAAUCAUUCGGUCAUCGGUGGCCGAUAGAGUCCUGCCAGAACAACAUUUUUAUCCUAGUUUCAAAAGGAAACCAACAAUUCAGUCAGAAAUAUGGGUUCAAAAAGGAGAAGAAUCUAGCCGUGUAAGAACGGUUAGACCUCCUUUGGUUGACCAUGGCAGAUGGACUCAAGUAAGUCACCCAAAGUUUCCUAAGCAGCCUCCUACACGUACCCAAAAAAGGAGGAUGCAAAGGAAAAAUGCAGAACUCAAAAGGAAAGAAGACAAGAUCGACCAUGAUCAACUAGAAAGGAAAAAUGAACCAGUGGUGGCUGAAGACAUGGAGGUCGCUACAUCCUUUAAGAAUAAGGCAUGCUUUUAUGAAGAAAAAGAUGAUCAGCCAGACCAGGAUCCAAAGCAUGCGGCCAAGUACAGAAUUCGUUUUGGUUCUCUCCCGGAUGAGGUAAAUUGUAACAUGGUAUUUGUUUUGCCUUCUGUGUUUGAAGCAAGGAUAGAACCAACGAUGAACAGGGAUGUUGAGUCAGCCAAGCAGAAAGAAAAGGCUGAAUCUUCAGAAAUUAAGAACGAUUCGACAAUUUCAUCGGCCGGGAUAGGAUUGAUCUCUCAGGAUCAGCCAUCUGAGGCCGAUAAAAUUAUUUUUGAAAAACCACCUUUGUCCAUGACACAGCAGUUGAGGCCGUUGUAUGUUAAAGUAUGGGUUGAGGGUCAGCCAAUCAAUAGGGUUUUGGUUGACAAUGGUUCGGUGGUGAAUGUUAUUCCAUCAACUACUUUGAAGAAAUUGGGUAAAACCAUGGAUGAUGUAGUUCCAACCGACGUAGCCAUCAGUGGUUUUAAUGGAGGAUCUAGUAACACUAAAGGUAUUCUACCUUUGGAAAUUACUAUUGGCGGAUGGGACGACCAGCAGCGGCAACAAUGA